AUGUCGCCUCAGCCACCUAGGGGCGACACAAGCAAUGCACGUCUAGAUCUAUUAUUACACGUCAAUAGUGCCGCCAUGUCGCGAACCCUCUCAAUCGUCUUUCUGCUGUGUUUCUUGCAACUGGUGGCAGCGCAAUUCCAGUUCUUCGAUGGGAUGUUUGGACAACGCCAGCAGCAGCAACAAUAUCAUACUGGCGCGUCACAGUGGGCGGCGCAUCUCGAAAGCAUAUCGUGUUCACAAUAUCUUUGCCCUGGAACGUUAGACUGUGUUGGAAGCCCAAGGGAAUGCCCGUGUCCUGACCAUGAAGAUAUCAAAUGCACAAUUCCCGAUGCCGAAGGAGAGGCAACAGUCGUAUGUGUACGCGGGGCGGAUGAAUGCCGACAAAUAGAGCGUCUGACCCGGGCAUUGAAGUAG